UAAGGGCGGGAGGUGACAAUAAGUGCGGCCGGUGCCGAGCGGCGAUCGCGGAGCUCUCCCCGUCCCAGCCCGCGGUUCUUCCCCGGCCCCUUCGCACCGAGCCGGGCCCGCGGGCUGCCAGGAGCCCCCGGGGCGGGCGGGAAGGCCCGUUUGGGCUGUUUUUACCCUGCGGUGGUGACAAAGCACCGCGGAUCAUCGUGUUUUCACCGUUAUUUCAGAUUUCCGCGGUCAGGCCCUGCCCGGGAGCGGGGCGGGCCCGGCGGAACCGCGGAGGCGCGGAACGCAGCGCCGGGGGCGGGAGCGCGGGCGGGACCGGUUUGGCGGCGCACGGCAGGGCCGGCCCUUUAGCCCGCGCCGCUUCUGGCUCCGUCCGUCCCUCAAAGCGCUCCCCCGGCUGUCGCUGCGGUCCCCGGGACCGGCCAUGCUGCCCGGCAGGACAGCGCUCCGGGCCGCGCGGCUCCUCCGCUGGGCCGCCCGCCGAGCGCGCUGCGGGGCCGCGCUGCCCGCGGGGCCGGACCUGCGGUACUUCCUGAGAGGGGCCGCGGCGGGGGAGCCGCGGCCUGAGCCGCAGCCGGAGCCUGGCUCUGCCGCCGGCAGCGGGAAAGUGUUCCUGGAGACCUACGGCUGCCAGAUGAACGUCAGUGACACCGAGAUCGCCUGGGCCAUCCUGCAGGAGAGCGGCUACACCAGGACAAGGGAGCUGGAGGAGGCAGAUGUGAUUCUCCUUGUCACCUGUUCUGUGAGGGAGAAGGCAGAGCAGACCAUCUGGAAUCGCCUGCGGCACCUGAAGGCGCUGAAGGCGCGGCGGCACCGGGGCCGCCCCCCGCUGCGCAUCGGGAUCCUGGGGUGCAUGGCUGAGAGACUUAAGGAGGAGAUCCUGCACAGGGAGAAGCUGGUUGAUAUCGUGGCAGGCCCUGAUGCCUAUCGUGACCUGCCCCGGCUGCUGGCUGUGGCCGAGUCUGGCCAGCAAGCUGCCAAUGUCCUGCUGUCACUAGAUGAGACCUAUGCUGACAUUCUGCCCGUCCAGACCAGUGCAGGAGGCACCACAGCAUUUGUGUCCAUCAUGCGGGGCUGUGACAACAUGUGCAGCUACUGCAUCGUGCCCUUCACCCGCGGCCGAGAACGGAGCCGCCCCGUCGCCUCCAUCCUGCGGGAAGUGCGGAUGCUCUCGGACCAGGGAGUGAAGGAAGUGACCCUCUUGGGUCAGAAUGUCAACAGCUUCCGAGACCUGUCUGAGGUGCAGUUCCAGGCAGCUCCUGCCCCCAGUCUCAGCCGGGGCUUUACCACGGUCUACAAGGCCAAGCCUGGGGGUUUGCGCUUCGUGCACCUUCUAGACCAAGUCUCCAGAAUCAAUCCAGAAAUGAGGAUCCGUUUCACCUCUCCACACCCCAAGGAUUUUCCUGAUGAGGUCCUGCAGCUUAUCCACGAGCGACACAACAUCUGCAAACAGCUCCACCUCCCAGCCCAGAGUGGGAGCACACGGGUCCUGCAGGCCAUGCAGCGAGGAUACACAAGAGAAGCGUAUUUAGAGCUCGUGCACCACGUGCGCAGGUGCAUCCCAGGAGUGAGCCUGAGCAGCGAUUUCAUUGCUGGCUUCUGUGGAGAGACAGAAGAGGAUCACCAGCAGACCCUGUCCUUGCUGCGGGAGGUGCGCUACAACGUGGGGUUCCUGUUUGCCUACAGCAUGAGACAGAAGACCCGGGCGUCCCACCGGCUCCAGGACGACGUGCCGGCGGCUGUGAAGCAGAGGCGGCUGGAGGAGCUCGUCGCUGCCUUCCGGGAGGAGGCUGCCCGGGCCAACGGGGCCAUGGUGGGCCAGGCCCAGCUGGUGCUGGUGGAGGGGCCCAGCAAGCGCUCUGCCUCCGAGCUGUGCGGUAGGAACGACGGGAACAUCAAGGUGAUCUUCCCUGAUGCUGAGAUCCAGGACGCUGCGGGCGGCGGGGAGCUGCUCCGAGCCCAGCCAGGGGACUAUGUCCUGGUGAAGGUGACCUCUGCCAGCUCCCAGACCUUGAAGGGGGUCCUGCUCUCCCGUACAACCCUGUCCCGCUCUGCAGCUGCUCACUGAGCUGUCCCUGCUGCCAGGGGGCAAAAGCAGCACGUUUUCUCCAGCAAGUAGCAAGGAGGUUUGGUCAUGUGGAGAUGGGGUAGAAACAGGGAGAUGUAUGUAUAUUGAAAUAUAUAUAUAUGUGUGUGUGUAUAUAUAUAUAUAAAAAUAAUAAUAAAUUCUGGUUUUUCCUGUUUUGGCAACAA